AUGGCUGUUAGCGCCUUUACGGAGGAUGUUGCAAGGACAGGCUCCGGCUGGGCCCGAGAGGCCUUCAUACAGAAAGUACCCAGCCCUCCUAUCCCCAUCACCCUGUAUGGCUGCCCAGUCAAUACUGUGGAAUCCUUCCACUUUCUGGGCACCAUCAUCAGCCAGGACCUCAACAACAGCAUGCCAAAGCGGAUGGCACUGAUCUGCUUCCUGUCUCUGGUCAUGCUGAUGAGCGUCCUAGGAAACCUGUUGGUCAUGGUGGCCGUCUGUAAGGACAGACAACUGAGGAAAAUCAAAACGAACUACUUCAUUGUGUCGCUGGCGUUCGCUGACCUGCUGGUGUCCGUGCUGGUGAUGCCCUUCGGUGCAAUCGAGCUGGUUCAUCAGCACUGGAUCUACGGCGAGACCUUCUGCCUGGUCCGCACCUCUCUGGACGUGCUGCUCACCACCGCCUCCAUACUGCACCUCUGCUGCAUCGCCCUGGACAGGUACUAUGCUAUCUGCUGCCAGCCCCUGGUGUAUCGUAAUAAGAUGACUCCUAUGAGAGUGACUCUCAUGAUUGGAGGCUGCUGGGUCAUCCCUACCUUCAUCUCUUUCCUGCCCAUCAUGCAGGGCUGGAAUAGCAUCGGCAUUGAUCAUGUGAUUGAGCGGAAGCGCGAUUCUGUGGGCAGCAACUCUACUUCCUGUAUUUUUAUGGUCAACAAGCCAUAUGCCCUGACCUGCUCUGUGGUGGCCUUCUAUAUCCCUUUGGGCCUAAUGGUGCUGGCCUACCAGAGGAUCUACAUCACUGCUCGCGCCCAUGCCCUCCAGAUCAGCAUGCUCCAGCGGGCAGGGGGGGCAGGCACCUGUGGAGCUGAAUCCGCCGACCACCAGCGCAACCACCGCAUGCGGACGGAGACCAAGGCGGCAAAGACACUGUGCAUCAUCAUGGGCUGUUUCUGCCUGUGUUGGGCUCCAUUCUUCAUAACCAAUGUGGUGGACCCCUUCAUAGACUACUCGGUGCCGGAAGAACUGUGGGCAGCCUGCCUGUGGCUGGGCUACAUCAACUCCAUGCUGAAUCCCAUCCUCUACGCCUUCUUAAACAAGUCUUUCCGCCGUGCCUUCCUUAUCAUUCUAUGCUGUGGGAGGAAGAGGUACCGCAGGCCUUCCAUCCUGGGGCCCCGGGCCUCCUGCACAGCCACGCAGAUCAACGGGUCCACACAUGUACUCAAGUAUUCAGUCCUUCACAAUGGGAACCACACAGAGCAGGAGAAAAAAUGUCUGCAGAAUGACACAGAGUCCCAAGAAUCCUGUUUCUGA